AUGCUGCCAUGUGAUAUAAGUCAGCAAAAUUUAAAUAAUCUGGUCUACUCUCAGCGUCUUACUGGUGGUUCUCUUGAAGCUUUUAGAGAUUGUGCUCUCCAAGAUAUAUACUUGGGAGAAUAUGCCGGUGUUGAUGAUUCUUGGAUGGAUGUCAUCUCAUCUCAGGGUUCAUCUUUACUCUCGGUAGAUCUUUCUGGAUCUGAUAUCACUAAUUUUGGGUUGACUUACCUAAAAGAUUGUCAAAGUCUCAUUUCCUUAAAUCUAAAUUAUUGUGACCAAAUUUCAGAUCAUGGACUGGAUUAUAUCAGUGGUCUGUCGAACUUGACAUGUUUUAGUUUUAGAAGAAAUGAUUCAAUAUCUUCUAAAGGAAUGAGUGCCUUCUCUGGUAUCUGUUCUGGUUUUUUAACCUUUUUGCUAUCAAGCUUUAUGCAUUUAUAUCAUAAACACUUAUCAUAUAAGUGUUAG